AUGGCCAAGGUCUUCGACGCAGCAGAGGUCGCGAAACAUAAUACCGCAGAGAGCUGCUGGGUGAUUCUUUACGGGAAAGUCUACGAUGUGACCGAUUUCCUGCCCAGCCAUCCAGGUGGUGCGAAGAUCAUUUUGAAACUUUCUGGGAAAGAUGCCACCGAAGAAUACGAUCCCAUCCACCCUCCAGGCACUCUAGAGGAAUUGAAGCCAGAGGCCUGCCUAGGAACGGUGGACGAAAGCACAUUGGCCAAGGAGGAGACUCCAACACACGCACCACAGCAAGCAACCGGCCCGCCUCCCAUGCACACUCUUCUCAAUCUCGAUGAGAUUGAAGAGAUAGCCACGAAGCAAGUUAGCCAAAAAGCAUGGGCGUACUACUAUUCGGCGGCAGAUGACAAGAUGUCAAAACGGUUCAACAAUCAAGUCUAUCAAUCGAUCUUGCUCCGACCAAGGGUGUUUGUUGACUGCACCAAUUGUGAUUUAAGCACAUCGGUGCUGGGUCAUAGACUGGGGAUGCCGAUCUACGUGUCGCCUGCAGCCAUGGCUCGUCUCGGUCAUCCGUCGGGUGAAGCAGGAAUCGCAGAGGCAUGUCGAAGCUUCGGUGCCAUGCAGGUCAUCUCCAACAACGCCUCAAUGACACCGGAGCAGAUUGUGAAGGAUGCCGCCCCGGAUCAGGUCUUUGGCUGGCAACUGUACGUUCAGGUGGACCGCAAGAAGAGCGAGGCCAUGUUGGCUCGGAUCAACAAAUUAAAAGCCAUCAAAUUCAUCGUCCUCACCUUGGAUGCUCCCGUGCCGGGAAAACGGGAAGAAGACGAGCGCAACAGUCUGGUCGGAGCUUCGGAGCCCGUAUCAAGCGGCGUCAAAGCUGCUGAGCGCGCCGCCGAUGGCACCCCUGACGUGAACGGCCCUGGUGGCUCGGGAGGAGUUGGCCAACAACUGUUUGCCGGCACUGAUCCAUCCUUGACAUGGCAAAAGACACUCCCCUGGUUGGCCCAACACACCGACCUCCCGAUUGUGCUGAAGGGGCUGCAAACGCACGAAGAUGCGUAUAUUGCCUCUCUUCAUGCACCUCAGGUUAAAGGAAUCAUUCUCUCAAACCACGGCGGGCGCGCGGCGGACACUGCUCCCCCUGCUGUGCACACACUCUUGGAGAUUCGUAAAUACUGCCCCGAAGUAUUCGAUAAGCUUGAGGUCCAUGUUGAUGGUGGCAUUCGUCGUGGAACAGACGUGGUGAAAGCACUAUGCCUCGGUGCCAAGGCGGUUGGUCUUGGACGUGCAGCGCUUUGGGGGCUGGCUGCCGGUGGCCCUGACGGAGUUCGCAGAACCUUACAGAUUCUUGCCGAUGAGACUAAGACGUGCAUGCGGUUGCUUGGGGUGGAAACUGUUGAUGCACUGGGCCCUCAACAUAUCAAUACUCGUAUUGUCGAGCAGCAGAUUUACGAUGGACCUUCCAGCCUCGACUCAUUACGACGCGUCUUCCGCGCGAGACUAUGA